AUGGAUUCCGAUCCCUAUCCUCUUCAAUUUGAUUCAUCAUUCUGGGCGAAUACUUUCCGUUUGGAAGCCGUUUUGGAUAGACUCGAUCACUUAAGGGAGGAGUUGGAGGCCCAGACUCGCAGCUUCCUCGAAGUUCUACCCGUUCAGUCGUCCGCAAGUCCACAAGUAGUGGAUGUCGAGGUUGGGACGCCACCGAAACGCAUCCGGUCCGAUCCCGACUUGUCCCAGAAGGAGGAGCCCUACAAGUGCCCGGUUUGCUUGCUCAUUGUGAGCAAGCUCAAGCCGGUGGCCACCAAGUGUGGACAUGUCUUCUGUCGAAAAUGCAUCCGAACUGCCAUAAGUGCUAUGCACAAGUGCCCGUUGUGUAACAAAAAGCUAUCGGCCCAUCAAUAUUCUCGAAUUUACUUAUAAAGAUCCUUAACUAAUGUUAAUAUUGCUCUGC